CCUCUCCAUCUCUAUAAAAUUCUGAGACUCUCCAACACUUUCAAGUUCCUUCAUCAAGAGGUCCUCUCAGAAAAUUGAAAAUACUGUGAUCAAAUUUAAAGCUUUAUACCAUAUACAGCCUCCUUGUUCGACUUCCUCCCAAUCGCAUAUCAGCAAGUUAGAGAGAGGAAGGUAAAGUAGGAAAAAAAAACCCCAGAAAAUUAAAGAACAAGAAAACUUGUCUGGGUUUUCUGGUUCUUCUGAAGGUCCGGGCAUGAACUGAGGAGAGAUCUGUUUCAGUAAAUGAUCGUGGACAUGGGUGGGAACCCUAAUUUGUGGAGCAAUAUGCAUGACGCUGCUUAUGUUCUUGGAUCUUCCAUUCCUUUCAAUCCGAUCCCUCAAAACUCCGAGCCUCGUCCUUCCACCUGGAGCCAACUCGUCUUCUCAGGAGCACCAGGAGAAGAGAAGAGACUGAGUUUUGAUCAUUUUGAAGCAAAAAGGUUGGGCAGGUGGGAAGAACAAGUUCUGAAUCCAUCCCUGUCGAGAUUUCAUGUCGACGAAGGAAUAAUAAAGCAACAGGGUUGCCUGUACGGCAGCCAUGGCGGUGGUGGUGAGGAAUUUCAGGGUACUCAUUCUUCAUCUGCAGGUGGGUCAGUAGUAGCUAAUUGGUCACACAUGGCGGGUCCUGUUUCUUCUUCCCCUAGGUCGUCCUGCGUCACUAGCUUGACUAGUAGUAAUAAUAACUACAACACUGUAUGGGAUUCUUUCUCUUAUAAGAAGGCCGACACUAAGAAAAAUUAUCUCCCUGCCGCAGAUCACUCAUCUGAGUGUAGCACAGCCACUGGGGGAAUCUGUAAGAAGGCUAGGGUUCAACCAACUUCAAGCCACCCUCCUCUCAAGGUGAGGAAGGAGAAGCUGGGGGAUAGAAUAUCAGCCCUUCACCAACUGGUUUCUCCUUUUGGAAAGACUGACACAGCUUCAGUGUUGUUCGAAGCCAUUGGAUAUAUCAGAUUCCUUCAUGGUCAAAUUGAGGCUCUCUGUUUUCCUUAUUUCGGAAAUUCAUCAAAACACUUGAGGAAUCAUCACUUUGUGAAUCAUGGAGAGAGAAAUUCCGUAUUCCCAGAGGACCCUGGACAGCUCUUGAAUAAUGAUGCUUCACUCAAAAGAAAUGGAGCUUCAAUUGCAAACCAGGAAAAUGGAGAAGAAAAGGCAAAGGACUUGAGAAGCAGAGGAUUAUGUUUGGUGCCAAUAUCUGUGAGCCACCAUUUUGGAAGUGAUCAUAAUAAUAUCGGAGCUGAUUUUUGGUCAUCCACUUACCGCAGCGGUUUUUAAUUAAGUAACUCCUUUCCAUUAAUUAAAUCUGAGCCUUAAUUCACUAAUUAAAUCCGUAGGCUCAGUCUAUAUAUAGAAUAUAAUUAUAAGCAGGUUAAAUUAAUCCAUCUCAAAAAUAAAUAUGUAAACGUUACCCAUAAUUUUUAGU